GCGUAGCGCAAUCUUCCUUUGUGUAGUCUGCUAGGCUCAGUAUUAAUACGUGUAUCACUAUCACUUUAGCUAGCUCCUCAUCAAAAACAUGUCUUCUUCACAGAACAAUUCAUCAGAAGUGAAGCGCCCUAAUAAAAUAGUGAGGUAUAAAGCACCAGAGGAAGUGACUCCUGAUGAUCCUACAGCAGACUACAUGAACCUCUUGGGAAUGGUCUUCAGUAUGCUGGGACUUAUGAUGAAGAUGAAGUGGUGCGCUUGGAUUGCAGUUUUCUGUUCUUUCAUCAGUUUCUCCAACACAAGAUGCACAGAGGAUGGCAAGCAGAUGUUUAGCAGUUUCAUGUUGUCAAUUUCAGCUGUUGUGAUGUCCUACCUGCAGAAUCCUCAACCAAUGACGUUACCAUGGCAAUAGCAGAUGCAUCAUUAGUUGAAAUCCACUAUUUUACCCAAAGGCAGUUUAUGGAAUUAGAUUUGUAUUUGAAACUCAUAUUUGAAAAACAUAAAUCAUUAGGGACUUGAUACAAUUAGCAACAAGUACAAAUCAAAUUGUGCUGCAGAAACUCACAUUUUGAGGAAAAAUAGAAAUUGUACUAAAAGUCACAUGUACAUGUAACUUUUUUGGCUGGUAUGCCCAUGUCAAUCAUCUGAUCAUCUGAUUGAUUCCAAUUGUUGCAAUAACCAUUCUUGUCAAUAUUCUUUCCAUGUACUGUAUUACCACCAGUUUGAACUAAUUCCUUUCAAAAGCUGCCAUCUAUGCUGAACUUUAAAUGCUGAAUGGUAACUCAUUAUGGAUAGGAACUUCAUCUUACCAAACUUAAACAGCACAGUUUGGAAUGAGGAGGGCUGUGAAAUAAUUGUUACCGCUUCCCAUGUGAAUGUACAUGUACCGGUACAAGUAAGUACAUGUAUUCUCUGAUGUUUAUUAUAAGCCAUGCAUUCAUGUAUUAGGCGUGUUGUCUGUUGGGUCAGUGAACUGAUUUGUUUUUUCCAACUGUUUAAAAUUGUUAUAAAAAUGAGUAACAUCACUGCAAAAAAAGUCACAGAUCCAACACAAUAACACAAUGAAAAUUGAUAAGAACUGUCACCAUUUUUACUGUACAUGUAGGCCUUAUAAUAUCAAAUGGGAGUAAUAUAAAAAAGGAAGAACCUUGUGCUAUAUGUGUAUUUGUAUGAAAAACUAACGGCAGAAAGAAUAAGUUGUUUGAGUUAAUUACAGAACGUGACCACAAUGAUAAACAAUACAAAUUAAACUCGGUUCCUCCCUGUUGCGAGUGGAGCUCUCCAGAAGUGUCAAUUGACAUUGACAUAAACAUGUACUUUCCACAUAAAGCGUAUUAGAAAAUGAAUAACAUCACAUUACUUGUAUUUUCAAAAUCUUUGAUUUCGCAUUUCAUUUUUGUUCAAAAUAAGAUAAAGAUUUUUCUCAUUUGGAAUUUUGGAAAGAGUAAAGAUGUAAAUUUUAGAGUGCAUGUAACUUCUUUAAAAUCACUCGUCUCCUUUGUUUAAAGCUUUCCCCAUUUGAAUUUAACAUGAUAUUCCAUUGGUGACAUUUAACUGGUUUUGGUACUUCAUAAGUAAGCUUAUACAGUACAUAUAUUUCAUGAAUAAAACAUCUUUUGAUUUAUAUCUAGUA